AUGGUUAUUAUGGCAUCUCCAACAACAAACUUAACAGACGAUCCUCUUCACGAGCCGCCGGGUAGCAGUACGCCUGCAAAUAACGUUGCACAUAAUGGUAGAUUCAAGCUUGGUGACUUCACCAAACUGAAUUCCAACAGUCUCGCAAACUGGGCGUCCCCGAAGGCUACAAAGACUUCUGGCUCAACUCCGUCUCUUGGAAACUUCAAGCGGCUCUUCCAGCAAAUUCGUCUCAAUGACAAUGAACUCUCCCAACAGCAGCGAAAGCCAAUGGCUUCUCCAAAGGUACAGCCGAUCACGAUAUUGAAGCGACCUUCUGUACCGCUCUCCAUCAUCAGUGCAGACAGCAUUCCCAAAUCUUCGGUUAUACCUAAGCAUUCCCAUGAAGAAAACCAGGAGCAAGAAUAUAUCGCCGCCUCAAGGCAAUCAGACCGGAGUCUUGAGGCCCGUAUUCAGUCCGCUACAAUGGCAAGCGAAAUCCAUAAGAAGCGAACUGGAAAGGCGUUUCGAAUCACGAGGGCGAUUGUUAUGAAGGAAGAGGUGUACGAGGAAGAUGAUGACGAAUUUCCCCAAUCAAAUCGGCCCAACUUCGACCCAAUUACUGACUCAGAGGCUGGCUGCGGCUCCGACACUGAUGUGUUACCUGCCGCGUCUUACUCAACUGCUGCCUCAACACCACCAAGCUCAAGCGAGUCCCCGCUUAAGCAUUUUGACGAGUCCAAAAAGAACAAUAAAAGUUCAAAUUCGGGCAAGGACAAAGCGCAUUCCAGAGAUAGCUCAGAACCCAACAUAGUGGUCUUGGAUGGCAUUCAGUCAGAUCAUGUCAGACACGUCAUCUCAUAUCAGCAUUUCAAGUAUGGGCCCCUUACUGAAAUUCACAGUAACGUGCAGACCACUGUGGUCAAGCAUGAGGGUCUCAUGAAAAAGCUCGUCCAUGAGCGUGUUAUAGACUCUAUGAUCUGUAGGGAUUAUUCCACCAUCGCAGAGAAUGGAAUUCAUGUCUUUGUCGACAUGUCCAACAUCAUCAUUGGAUUCCAAAAGGCCCUAAGGGCCAAGUUUGGUCUGCCAGAGUCUUCGCGCUUUGUCCCACUCCCACAAAUGAAUCUUGCCUUCUUUCACGAACUUCUUACCCGCGAUCGAUACGUGGAAUGGCUCAACGUUGGCUGCUCUGUGCGCCCCAACCGCAGCGAGCCUUCUUUCGUCCAAGAACUCAAGGGUCUUGGCUACCGCGUCGACCUUCGCAGUCGUCGUCCUGAGCAAUCUGGUUCUGAUGACCACAACACUUUUGAAGCCGGCGGCUUCCGUUAUGUCGAAGACAUGGUUGACGAAACACUCCAAAUUCGAAUCAGCGAGUCUGUUAUGCAGUAUUUCGAGGAGCCCGGCACACUUGUCAUCGCUACUGGUGAUGCUCGGCCGGCCAAGUAUUCAGACGGCUUCCUGACACAAGCCCAACGCGCUCUGAAAAUGGGCUGGAGCGUUGAGGUUGUUUCCUGGAAAGCAAGUCUUUCUUCUGCUUGGAGUACUCUUUUGAAGGACCAAAGCAUCGGCUCCAGGUUCCGCAUCAUCGAACUCGACCAGUUUCUAGACGAGCUUUGGAUCUGCUAG